UGUCUUAUCGUUGAAAGCCAAACAUGUCUUAUAGACAUAUAACACUGCCUUUUAAUGUCAUUGAUUCAUUUUAGGUAGAAACACGUAAUGUUAUAAUGUGUUGUGUUACUGUGUGAGAAUCAAGUGGCAAGUCCGGCAUCCCCCUUUCUUGAACUAUUCCGUUUCCAUGGCAACCACUGGUAACAAACUGUCAGGAGCAGUGAUCUAGAGACCUGAGGAGGGUGCUAGAGCUUGAGACAUACAGGAUCAGGUUACAAGGCGUGUUAUCUCUGCACUUCCAACAAUGCCUACAGAAGGAAAAUCAGAUAUGGAUAGGAUCGGUCUGUUCCGUGAAAUGGGCUACAUUAGUAUAGGAGACAAUUAUGUCACUCCCGGUUCUAAACCAUUUAAUGAAUCUGCAAGUAAGAAUAGACAGAUGCUUCCUGGUGGUGCCAAAUCCAUGGAAAACACAUUAGGAGGUUACUUUGAUACACAGUUCAAAAGAACUUUUGAAGGAGAAGCCUACUCAGAUCCAUUAAAACAUAGGAGACAGUAUCGUAUGCAGCAGGCCAAGAAGAACUUAGGAAAAGCAUUCCUCCCAUCUAAUGGGGAAAAAAAGCCAUCUGGAGCUGGCAGCUUUUAUGGGACACUGAGUGGUCCAGUUCCAGCCCUCAGUGCAGAAGUGAAACCAAGAAAAGCUUAUACUGCACCAGGCAAAAAUCUCUACACAAACCCUCCUAAGCAAGGCACAGGAUUUGGAUACCCAAACCUCACCAUUGGCAAAAGCUAUACGUAUUCCUCCGACAAUUAUGACAUAUCCAAAGAGCUCAUGAGGAAAGAAAUGGACAGUCACAAAUCAAAACUUAAAAGUGGCGCUUUUAGACUAAACCUUUAUCCGAAGGAAUAUUUUGACAUAAAUCCCUACCGGUCGGACAGGUCUUUACCACCACUGAAGAGUAAGACUGAGAAAAAAGUUAAUGUGAAGCCAUUUAAACCAAGCUCACCUGCUAAGGCGCCAGGUGGCAUGAAGGCAGGAACAUUUGACCCAUAUCCACCUCACGCCAAUGAUUCUUAUGGAAAAAGACCUACAAAGAGUGCAAGUGUUGUCAGAGGAGGGAAGACUUUCCAGCCUCCAGCGGGGCCCAAAUCAUAUCCAAUAAAAAGCAUAUUGGAAUCACAUGUUAUAAAGUUAGUGACCCCAGUAAACUACAAGACAGUAACUCUGAUGUCAUACUGAAGGCUGGUCCAGUAUCACUAUGUUUAAUGCCAAUGUACACGUGACAAUGUAAAGACAACUGUUCCAUAAAGCACAUGUUCA